UUUAUCAUUAUUGGUGACUUUGGCAAUCAUUGAAUAUCAAUUUAAUCAAUUUAAUCGAUUUAAAUUCAAAUAAAUUCCGUUUCAGAAUUGUUUCACUCAUGAUUCCAUUUUGUUUUUAAAUUUUUAAAUGACAACUAUUUGACGAUCAUUAAAAAAGGUUGUGCGUUUCUCAAUUGCAUCAGUUUAUUCUAUUUUGAAAAUUUGUCAAAAAUCAUUGAAAAUUGAUACUGUCCAAAAUGGGCGAUCAAGGACAAAAAGGUGUACAAUUUCUGGAGGAAGCUCAGAAAAAGUUGAAAAAUACACAAGGAUUUUUAUCCUCAAUUUUUGGGGGUGGAUCCAGAAUCGAUGAGGCAAUCGAUCUUUAUGUUAGGGCAGCCAAUUCAUUUAAAAUGGCUAAAAAAUGGGCAGAGGCUGGAAAUGCAUUCAUUGAAGCAGCUCAACUUCAUCUAAAACAGAAUAACAAACAUGAUGCCGGAACUUUGUUUGUUGAUGCGGCCAAUUGUUUUAAAAAAGUUGAUCCAAGCCAAUCGAUACGAUGUCUGGAGAAAACAAUUGAAUUGUAUCAAGAUAUGGGACGAUUUACCACCGCUGCCAAACAUCACAUAUCGAUUGCAGAGAUUUACGAAUCAGAAUUGGUGGAUUUUGAGAAAACGGUUCUACAUUAUCAAACGGCAGCUGAUUAUUAUCAAGGUGAAGAAUCAAAAGUUAGCGCCAAUCGGUGUCUGUUGAAAGUGGCACAAUUUUCGGCUCUUAAGGCCGAUUUUCAAAAGUCGGCUGAAAUCUACGAACAAGUGGCUGGUACUUGUAUCGAAUCACCAUUGUUGAAAUAUUCGGCCAAAGAACAUUAUUUCCGUGCAGCUUUAUGUCACAUGUGUGUGGAUGUAUUGAACGCUGAGAAUGCCGUCAAAAAAUAUCAGGAUUCUUUUCCACAUUUCACCGAAUCACGUGAAUGCAAAUUUCUACAAACAUUGAUCAAUAAGAUUGAAGAGAAUGAUGCCGAAGGCUUUACACAGGCCAUACAAGACUAUGAUUCCAUUUCACCACUUGAUUCAUGGUUCACAAAUCUUUUGUUGCGUAUCAAACAAAAUAUCGAAAGCGAACCGGAUCUUAAAUAGAAAUGAUCCGAAAAUUGAUUAAUUUGAAUUCAAAAUUAAACAAUCUAUAUCUAAUAAUUUCUUGAUUAGGAUUUAUGUGUGUGCGUGUUUGUUUUGCAAUUUAUAUAGUCUUGUUGUCUAUCAUGAAUAUAUUUAGCCCAACUGAUUUCAUUUGAUUUUCAUUCCAAGUCAACAGACACAAAUUCAUACACAUACACAAACAUUGACACUUUAUAAUUUCUCAUCAAUCAAUCAAUAUUGUUGUUGUUGUUGUUGUUGUCAUUCAUCAUCAUUUAUGCUGUCUAUAUAUAUUUGCUAAUUUGCUAUAUAGAAAAGAUUAUCAUCAAAUUCAGUCAUCUUUUCCUUCGAAUAACUCAAAAGAACAAAAAAUGAAAUGAAAUUGGAUCAUUUUAAAAA